UUGACAAAUCAGUUGCAAAACGCUUGUGAAACUCAAUCUCAAUGGAAGGCGAUAACGUUUCGAAUUUCAGCGCGGAUGGCGGGCAGGACAACGUCGGGCUGCCCAGGAUUGUGAUGGUCACAGAGGGUUCCGAUACUUCCGCAUCCUCCCCCUCCUCGACAUCCUCCGAGGAGGACAACUGGGCCGACCUCAUCAAGUCCUCAGACAUCCCGCCAGAAUACUGGCACAUCCAAAAGCUGGUGAAAUACAUGAAAGCCGGCAACCAGACCGCAACCAUGGUAGCCUUGUCAUGCCUUAAGGACUAUGAUCUAACGAUUGAGGUUAACCAGCGAGCGAUACAGGAGAUUGGAGGACUGGAACUACUCGUUAACUUGCUGGAGACGAGAGAUCUAUGCUGUAUUUUAGGUAGCUUAGCUGUCUUAAAGGAUAUCACUCCAAAUAUAGAUAUUAGGAAGAAGGUAACAGAUUUGGGAGCUAUACCGCUCCUGGUGGGACUCCUGUCGGAUCCGGCGAGAGAUGUGCAAAUUCUGGCUGCAGAAACCGUUGCGAAUUUGGGCCGGAUACGCAAAAGCAGAAAGUUUUGUCGAAAGUUUGGUGGGAUCCCGAAACUGAUCGACUUGUUGGACAUUAAGGAGAGAUAUCUCAUCACACCCAGAGAAGAACUGACCCUAGAUGAGCUUCAAUUCUUGGACAUAGCGCGGGCUGGUGCAAAGGCGUUAUGGUCCAUGUCAUACUCCCAAAGGAACAGGGAGGCUAUGAGGAAAUUUGGCAUGAUUCCAUUGAUCGCGAGGGUGUUGAAGACCAUACAUUUGGACGUGGCGGUGCCAGCGUUUGGCCUGUUGCAGAUGUGUGCCAACGAAACGUCAUUCCAACUGGCUAUUCAGACGGAGAAGAUGGUGCCGGAUUUGAUCAAGCACUUGGGGAAUGAAGACAAGGAUUUAAAGACGCACUGCAGCCUGGCCAUCUACAAAUGUGCCAGCGAUCCCGUCACCAGAGAAAUGAUUCGUGACGCUGGAGGCUUGGAGCUGCUGGUAAAAGCAGCUGCUGAUGACACUAACAGACCCAACAAACCCCUCCUAGCUGCCGUCACGGGGGCGCUGUGGAAGUGCGCCAACAGUGAGAUCAGCGUGAAGAAGCUGGACCAGCUCGAAGCGGUGCCCAUUUUGAUAAAGCUUCUGGAUGAUGAGAACGAUAAUGUCCUUACGAAUGCAGCGGGCGCGCUAGCGGAGUGCGCGAAGCUGCCGCCUAAUAGAGAUAAGAUAAGGAUCAACGGCGGUAUACCUAUGUUGGUACACCACCUGAGCAACACCCACAAACCGCUUCUAGAAAACGUACCACUGGUCCUAAUGGAAUGUGCGAAAGACGAGAAAUGCAUGAGCGAGAUAGAUGAGUUAGACGGGGUUCGGCUCAUCUGGUCUUUGCUGAAGAACGACUCGAAGAAAGUCCAGACGAAUGCUGCUCUAGCCCUAAGCCCCUGUGUCCAAAACGCCACGGAUUCUGGUGAAAUGGUCCGAUCUUUUGUUGGGGCGUUGGAACUGACGGUGGAUCUUCUGGACUCGGAUGACCACAAUGUCCUGUCUGCCGUGUGUGCAGCUAUUGCUACAAUAGCGAGGGAUCGGGAGAACCUGGCUGUUAUAUCGGAUCACGGCGUCGUGGCAAAACUGUCAAAGCUCGUUUCCACCACGGACGAUCACCUGCGCGCGAGCCUCGGCGUCGCUAUAGCCUACUGCUGCGACUGGGCGCAGAACCGCCAGGAGUUCGGCAAGAGGGGGGCGAUCACCCCCCUCGUCAACUACAUGACCUCACGUGACCCCAUAGUGCACAGGGCCACGGCACUCGCGCUCUAUCAUCUGUCGUUCUACUCCAUCAACUGCGUUACCAUGCAUGCGGCAGGUGUGGUCCAAUUUCUGCUGGAGACGAUAGGAUCCAAGGACCCCGUACUGCAGGAGGCGUCAGCAGGCUGCCUGUGUAACAUUCGUAAACUCGCCCUCGCCACAGAGAAGAUCAAACUUAAACAAUAAACUAUA